GAGAUUCUAUAAAUGAGCACUAAAUCAAGAGGUUUACUUGUAUAAAUAUCAUCUUCUCCAUUUUUUUUUUGUACGUAGACUGCAAGAGCAAGAGUUAGCUACACCAUGGAUCUUCUCCUGUUGGAGAAGGCUUUAGUGGGGAUGUUCGUGACCAUUGUUGUUGCCAUUAGCAUAUCCAAGAUCAAGGGGAAGCGUUUUAACCUCCCACCAGGCCCCAUUCCCAUCCCCAUAUUUGGAAAUUGGCUACAAGUGGGGGAUGACUUGAACCAUCACAACUUGAGAGAGUUGGCCAAAAGAUUUGGUGACAUAUUGUUGUUGAGAAUGGGACAACGAAACUUGGUGGUUGUUUCCUCGCCAGAGUUGGCCAAAGAAGUGCUCCACACCCAGGGAGUAGAGUUUGGGUCUAGGACUAGGAACGUCGUGUUCGAUAUAUUCACAGAUAAGGGUCAAGAUAUGGUGUUCACAGUGUAUGGAGAGCAUUGGAGGAAAAUGAGGCGAAUCAUGACUGUCCCUUUUUUCACCAACAAGGUGGUCCAACAAAAUAGGUUGGGUUGGGAGGAGGAGGCUGCCAUAGUUGUGGAGGAUUUAAGAAACAAUCUAGAGGCCUCCACCACAGGCGUGGUUCUCAGGAAGCGGUUACAACUUCUAAUGUAUAACAAUAUGUAUAGGAUGAUGUUUGACAAGAGAUUUGACAACAUGGAGGACCCUCUAUUCAACAAACUCAAGCUUAUUAAUGCAGAGAGGAGUCGAUUAUCUCAGAGCUUUGAUUAUAACUAUGGUGAUUUCAUCCCUAUACUCAGGCCUUUCCUUACAAGGUAUUUGAAUAACUGUAAGGACGUCAAGGAGAGGAGGCUUAGGCUUUUCAAGGACCAUUUUGUCGAUGAGAGGAGGAGACUGAUUGGCACCAUGAGCAAGAAGAAGUUGGUUGGUGGUGUAAAAUGUGCUAUUGAUCAUAUUGUGGAGGCUCAAGAGAAUGGUGAAAUCACCGAAGACAAUGUUCUCUUUAUUGUAGAGAACAUAAAUGUUGCUGCUAUUGAGACAACAUUGUGGUCCAUGGAGUGGGCUAUAGCUGAGCUAGUUAACCAUCCAAACAUCCAGAGCAAAGUGAGGGAUGAGCUCGAUUCGGUACUCAAAGAUGGCGUUCAGAUUACAGAGCCGGACAUUCGAAAUUUGCCUUACUUGCAGGCUGUAAUCAAGGAGACUUUGCGGUUAAGAAUGGCCAUUCCUCUAUUAGUGCCUCACAUGAAUCUUCAAGAUGCCAAGUUGGGUGGUUAUGACAUUCCUGCAGAAAGCAAGAUUCUAGUGAAUGCAUGGUGGCUGGCCAACAACCCUGAUCAUUGGAACAAACCCCAAGAAUUUCGACCUGAGAGGUUCUUGGAAGAGGAGGAAAACGUAGAGCCUAGUGGGAAUGACUUUAGAUACCUUCCCUUCGGUGCUGGGAGGAGGAGCUGUCCUGGCAUUAUUCUCGCUUUGCCCAUCCUUGCUAUUACUUUGGGUCGUCUUCUUCAGAAUUUUGAGCUCAUGCCUCCUCCUGGACAAUCCAAGAUUGAUACCACCGAAAAGCCUGGACAGUUUAGCUUACAAAUAUUCAAUCACUCUACUAUUGUGGCAAAACCAAGGUCUUUGUGACUUCUAUAUUAAUCUUCUCUUCGUGCGAGGUGUUUACUUUGUUUCUAAGUCAGUUGAAAAAGUAAUUUAGAAUUUGAUUGAUGAUUAUAAAUUUGCUUUGAUUA